AGAAACAAGCGUGUGAAGCUGCCCUCAUUCUUCCUUAUCGUGGGCUUGAAGACACGCACUCUGUAAGGUGGAAGUAACUUUUAUCCUCCAGAGAAGAGUUAUAAACCACCCAGGAUAUUCAUCUGGUCAAACUUGUCACGGCAAACGAUAACCAUGUCGGCCUCAUCGGCGAAAGUCAGUAGGAAGGAGAAUUCAAAUCACGACGGAGCGGACGAGACCUCUGAAAAAGAGCAACAGGAAGCAAUUGAACACAUUGACGAAGUACAGAAUGAAAUUGACAGACUUAACGAACAGGCAAGUGAAGAAAUUUUAAAAGUAGAGCAGAAGUACAACAAAUUACGCCAGCCAUUCUUUCAGAAGCGAUCAGAACUCAUAGCCAAAAUCCCCAACUUCUGGGUCACAACAUUCGUCAAUCAUCCACAAGUUUCAGCUCUUCUGGGGGAAGAGGACGAGGAAGCACUUCAUUACUUGUCAAGGGUGGAAGUCACUGAGUUUGAGGAUAUCAAGUCUGGAUAUAGAAUAGAUUUUUAUUUUGACGAGAAUCCGUACUUUGAGAACAAAGCCCUCUCCAAAGAGUUUAAUGUAAACGAGAGUGGAGAUCCUGUUUCCAAAUCAACUGAAAUCAAAUGGAAAGCUGGAAAGGACCUGACGAAGCGUACAGGCCAGACGCCAAACAAAGCUGGAAAGAAAAGGCAACACGAGGAGCCAGAGAGCUUCUUCACCUGGUUUACCGACCACUCGGAUGCAGGAGCUGACGAGCUGGGAGAAGUGAUCAAGGAUGACAUCUGGCCUAACCCGCUGCAGUACUACUUGGUCCCUGACAUGGAGGAUGAGGAAGGUGACGGCGAUGAUGAUGAUGAAGAGGAGGGUCUGGAAGAUAUUGACGAGGGGGAGGAAGAGGAAGAUGAGGAUGAGGAUGGUGAUGGAGAAGAUGGAGAGGAUGACGGUGAGGAUGACUAAACGUUUCAACCAACACCAUAUCCCAGUCCUCGCUCUGUGAUCAUCCUACAACCCACGGGAGCAAAAUAUUUUGUUUGUUUUGGGUACAGGUUUUGUUUAUAAAAAAAAAAAAAAGAAGAAGAAGAAAAAAAUCCCCUGUGUGUCGUCAGCGUGUCGGUCCUCUUCCUCUGCAGCCACAGCCUGUCCAUAGUGCCCUGUCUGAAGACUUGCUCCAUACACAGCAGGUCUACAUCGGGUGCAGUGGAGUGGUGGUCUCGGUGGCUCUCUUGAAGUCUCACCUGUUAUUGUUUCCCUACAUUUCCCAAAGACAUGCAAAAGAAUAAAAAAAUUUGUAGCAUUCUGCACGUUAUCCUACGUAGAUUUAAAAUACGUACAAUAGCAAUUUCUAUGUAAAAUAUGAAAUGACAGUUUCUGUUGAAGUUGUGAGUUCAAUAAAAAAUAAGCCAUGGUGCAGUGAUAACUUAAUCAUAGCAUCCUUAGCCACUUUUAUUUAUUUAUUUUUAAUAUAUAUAUAUUAAAAAUAAAUAAAUGUAUGUAUAUUAUAAUAUAUCUUGUGGUGGGGGUACUAAGGCUUAUUAGAAGUUGCAUUUUCCUUUUGUGACUUACUGUACUAAUGGAACUGAUUGAACACACCAGCUUGUUCCUUUCAACCAUUAUAAAUGUUUUUGGGAUAUACUUGGCUCUUGGUAAGACAGUUAUUAAUUGUACACAGUUUAAUGGGGGAGGUAUGGUGGGGCUUUGACACCAACUCUGGAUGUCUGUUAAAGAAAUUUUUAUUAUCUUGUUUUAGGCACCCACAACAAAGUUUGAAAUGUACAUUUUUUAUAAAAAACCUAAAGAUCAAAUUUUGAGCUCGGCUUAACAUUAGGUUUCUGUGGAGUCUGCAGCGUUUCUCCUUUUCCACUGAGAACCUGUUCACAUUUAAUUAAGUGUACCUGUUGCUUUGUGACAAUAAAUAAAUGUAUACAUGGUU